CACCAACAUUUGGGACUGCAAGGUACUCUUGUCUCUGGUCAAUCUUUCUACUGGAAGUUGACGAGCCGUGUGGCCAGACGGACCAAGUCCAUCAAACAUGGUCAACCGGCACUCUAUGACUUGGAUGAGUCACUCCCGUCAUCCUGCCAUCGCUAGAUUUGCAGCUGUAGUCCCCCAAGAAGCAGCAAUAUGUGAAACAGCCAGUCUCUGACUGAAUCGUUGAAGCUACUAUCCCUAGCUUGAUGCAUCAAUUCACCGUGUGAGUCAGGCGCACGUCAUGAUGCGAAAGUUCCAUAACUGGUGAUAUUUGCCACCGGUACACGAUGGGCACCGUCAAAACAAAGAUAGUCACCGAUGGAAAGGGUGGGUCCAUGGACAAAAGAUCGUGCGUGAGGCUGCAAAGUGCUCGCUCGCUAGAUAUGAGUCAGGGCAAGAUGGGAAGCGCGGCCGAUUCCGGGGAUCCGCCAGAAGGGGGCACGUGGCAUGAAUGGGGGGAAAUGUGAUCCAGGCCCAUUUGGGAUCAUGGCUAAUUGGGCUGGAGCUGUCACGGGUCGGC